AUGACUGAGACGCACGAAAAAACCAACAGCGAGCAGAAGCUCCUCUCCGUCACCGUUCCGUUCUCUCCGGCUUCCUGCGGUAAAACGACGUUGCUGAAGCACAUCCUCCAGUCCAACACCCAUGGAUUCAAAAUUGCCAUCAUCGUCAACGACAUGGCGGAAGUUAAUAUCGACGGCGCGCACGUGGCACGGCUCUCCACGAAAGAAGACAAGGGCAACCUUGUGCAGAUGCAGAACGGAUGCAUCUGCUGCACUGUGCGCGGAAAUUUCCUCGUCGAGCUGGCGAAAAUGGCCUGGGGCGGGGAAUUCGACUACGUCCUGAUCGAGAGCAGCGGUAUCAGCGAGCCGCAACAAGUAGCCGAAACCUUUACACAAGCGUGGAGCGAGGAGAUGCUCGACAUCCCCGAAGAGAUCCGGGGCAGCGACCGUGAAAUCAUCGAGCGAAUCGCCAAGAAGGGCGGCCUCGAGAAAAUCGCCAAGAUCGACACGAUGGUCACCGUCGUCGACGCCUUCCGUUUCUUCUCCGAGUUCAACACCGGCGAGUUCCUCACGGACCCCUUCGGGCGCGAGGAGGUGCCCGCGGAGGACGAGCGCACCAUCUCCGACCUCAUGGCCGACCAGAUCGAGUUCGCGAACGUCAUCAUCAUUAGCAAGACCGACAUGGUCGACAAGGCGACCAAGGAGCGCGUGAAGGGGUAUAUCAAGGUGCUCAACCCGAAGGCGAAGGUGAUUGAGGCGAAGCACUCGAAGAUCGAGGCGCAGACGAUGCCCGGCUGGUUGACGAGUCUGCAGGAGAUGCUCAUCAUGGAUGCGGGCGGGAGGAAGCGGAAGACGCCCAAACCGGAAACGUUGGGGUACAACAUUGGCAGCUUCGUCUACCUGGCGCGCAAACCGUUCGACCCGGUGAAGCUCUACAAACUCCUUGCGGGCAAGUUCGUUCUCAUUCAGCCAGACGGAGGAGACGACGAGGACGAGGAAGGUGAGGAUGGCGAAGGCGGCAAGGAAGCCAACGGCGACGUGGACGGCGAUGAAGAGAUGCCUCCCGCCGACGCACCCAAAGUUACCCCCGCAAAACGCAAAGGCGCUCCCGAGCCCGAGCCCGAGGAGGAAGAGUUGGACGAAGAGGAAGACCCUUUCUUUAAGUCCCUCCCGCGCGACCCGAUGGAAAUCGUCGCCGCCAAGGCCGCGGACCCGCUCUGGGCGAAGAUGCACCGCUCGAAGGGCUGGCUGUGGUUCGCGACGCGAUUCAAGCAGGCGGGCUCGUGGAACACGGCGGGCGCGAUGCUGCGCGUCGAGUACGAGCAGGAUUGGUUCUGUGAGGUACCCGAGGAGGAGUGGGUGUUCGACGAGGACGUCAAGGCCGCGGUGAUGAAGGACUUCGAGGGCGAGUGGGGGGACCGCCGGCAGGAGAUCGUGUUCAUCGGCGAGGGACUGAACGAGAAGAAGGCGCUCGACGCAUGCUUGCUGACGGACAAAGAGUUCAAGACGUGGGAGCGGCUGAUGCGAAGGAAGGAUAUCGAUCUGGAAAAGAAGGAGGAGAAAUUGAGUGAGUGGUGGGAUGAUUCGUAUUGGGCGGAGUGGACUGUGCCGGAGCAGGACGAGGAGAAGGAGGAAGGACCGGCUUACGACCACGCUGCCCAUCCCCACCGCCAUCGUUAG